AUGUCUGAAUCUACACUAAAUGAUACCGUAUAUCAAGAUGCGGUUAGCUUUACACAACCUUAUAAUAGAGUAUAUCCUAGAAUCGACUCGUCAAUAGUGAAAACCCCUACAAUACUACAAAAAUUACCAGAUAAUUCAUUAUCCAGUUUAAAUUUCGGCAACAUUAAACAAGAACAACAGCAACAGGUCCAACAAGAAGAUAAAGCAAUCACCAAUCCAUUACCCACAUCAUCAUCAUCAAUUCUUCGUGAUGCAAGUUUUAAAGUAUUGCAGACAAAAUUAUCCCUCAAGCAGCAUAAGAAAGAAGAACAAGAAGAAUUGGAUAGAGUAAGAAAUUUGGAUCGUCCUAUGUAUUAUAAACCACCAAGUUCAAAUUUCAAGGAUAGUUUCUAUGGUAUUAAGGAUUGCGUCCCACCAAAUGUUAAACUAUCAGACCAGGAAUCAAAAUUUGAUAGGCGAAAUGAGAAUAGAAUUCCAAUAUUUGUUAGUCGUGAGGUGAGAAAACAAGAUCCACAAGAAAUAUUGAACAGUAUACGAGCAGAAUUUGAUGAAGGAGAUUUAGAUGAUUAUGUGGGUGAUCAACCAACUGGAUCUUGGGAAAAUCCAAUUGUUAAGAAAGCCUUAUCUAGGCAAAUUGAUCUUGAAUACCAAUUUAAAGUAUUAUUAAAAAAUGUAUUCUAUUUGUUGGUAUUUUCAUUUUUCAAAUCUUCUAUUUCAAAAUUUGUUUCUAUUUAUGAAUUAAAAUUAAAAAGUUCUCAACCACAUGUUUAUGGACAACAAGAACAAAAUGGUACAUCUUCCAUGGAAUUCUACAUCCUUUUAUUGAGUAAAAUUGUCGUGGUUUAUUUUAUAAUAAAUAUUGUUAUUCCAUUGAUUAGAUUGUUGAAAGGACAGGAUCAAUGUUAUGACUUGCCAUUGAGUAUCAAUCAGCGUAAACUACUUGGCUUAAGAGUUAAAGAUGUACCAGAGGAUUAUGUUAUUGAUGAAAAGGCUGAGUUGACUUUAAAACAAAGAAGAUAUGACUUGGAAAACGAAGGUAAACAGCCAUACAAACCAAUUCCAAAAUAUAACAAGUUGAAUGAUUAUUCUGUUUUUAAUAUCAACAAGAAACCUACCACAGAAGUAGUGAAAAACCAAAGUUUAUAUCAAGUCAGAAAGCAAGAUCCAACAGCAUUAAGUAAUCAAAGUACCGCAGGAUUGAAUUUCUUGAAAAGCAGGAGCCGUGAUGGUAAUAUCUCAUCUAAAUAUUCACAAGAAACUGUCAACAAGGCUCAGGCUAAAUUUGAAAAGAACUUUGAUAUUAAAUUUAAUUUUACAUAA